CAGAUAAAGAGACCGGAUAAUAGAGGUUAUGUCGCCUUGAUUACUACCUAUUCGGUUGUCGAUUUUAAUUUUUUCAUUAGUCUGUUCUACAAUUUAUUUUAAAAUAAAUUCCGUGAUCAAAGUAAAACAUGUCGUAUAGAGACGAAAAGUUUCCCGAGGAGCAUCCAAGGAAUUUGAUACCGGAAUUGUGUAGACAAUUCUAUCAUUUAGGUUGGGUUACAGGAACUGGUGGUGGCAUAAGCAUAAAACACGAAGGCAAAAUUUACAUUGCUCCGUCGGCAGUGCAAAAAGAAAGAAUCCAACCGGAAGACAUGUUCGUACAGACUAUCGAUAGCAAAGACUUGGAGCUGCCUCCACCAGAAAAAAGAUUGAAAAAAAGUCAGUGCACGCCGUUGUUUAUGUGCGCUUACAAAAUGCGUAACGCUGGAGCCGUCAUACAUACUCAUUCCAAGGCGGCGCUCCUAGCGACUAUGCUUUUUCCGGGCAAGGAAUUUAAAUGCACUCAUUUGGAGAUGAUUAAGGGUAUCAAGAAUCAGAAAACUGGAGUUAAUUUUAGGUAUGACGAAGAACUAGUGGUGCCAAUUAUUGAAAAUACGCCUUUCGAGGAAGAUUUAAGGGAUUCAUUGGCCGAAAGUAUCAAGAAAUAUCCACAUACCUGCGCUGUUUUAGUUCGAAGACACGGAGUGUACGUAUGGGGAGACACUUGGCAACACGCUAAAACCAUGACAGAAUGUUAUGAUUACCUGUUCGAUGUUGUGGUGAAAAUGAAGCAACUUGGACUGGAUACAAAUUUGACUCCGGAACAAUACGAGUUGAAAAUUCAAAAAGUUAAAUAAAAUGUACCUUAUAGGCCAAUUUGCAAAGCUAGAUCUUAAAGACAUAUGCAAAGCUUAAAAUUACAUAUUUCUAACAAAAAUGUCAUUUUAAAUUUCGCUUAUUUCUUAACGACAAAUUAUGUUACCAUUAUCUGUUAAUUCUGUUAAAUUUUGUUUAUUGAAAUGUUAAUAAAAAAAGAUUUAAG